AUGGCGACCCCGCCUCCGCGCUUCCGGCCUCCGCCUCCCGGCGGCGGCCCCGGGCCGCCGCGGCCCCCGCGGGUCCGCUUCGAGCGCGCGGCCGAGUUCCGAGCGGUGUGCGCAGGCGCGGAGCUGGCGGAGGCGCGCGCCAUGGUGCGCGGGGCGCGCGCGCUGCUGGGCGGGGCCAACGCCGACGGCAUCAGCGCGCUGCACCAGGCCUGCAUCGACGAGAACAUGGAGGUGGUGCAGUUCCUGGUGGAGAGCGGGGCCGACGUCAACCAGGCCGACAACGAGGGCUGGACCCCCCUGCACGUGGCCGCCGCCUGCGGCUGCCGCCACAUCGCCCAGUACCUCCUGGAGCACGGGGCGGACGCGGCGGCCGUGACGAGCGACCUGGAGCUGCCGCUGGAGGUGGCCGAGGACGAAGGGCUGGAGGAGCUGCUGAGGGCGGAGCUGGAGCGCAGGGGGUGGGACAUCGUGGCCGCUAAGCGCGCGGAGGAGGAGCGGAUGCUGCGUGGCACGCGGCUCUGGCUGGGACUCGGGCAGCCUCCGCAGACUCGCCCUCUACCCGGCCACCGGGCCAGCGCUCUGCACCGUGGCGGCCGCCAAGGGCCAAGCAUCGAGGUCAUGAGGCUGCUGCUGGCGGCCGGGUACGACCCCGACGUGCGGGACAAGGAUCGGGUGGACCCCCUGCACGCGGCGGCGCAGGGGGUGGAGGAGGCCCGUCGGCUGCUGGCCGAGCACUCCAGGGUCAGCGCCCUGCGACCCGAGCGGACGAGGAGACCUUCCCUGCUGGAGGAGCUGCAGCGGCGCCAGCACCACGAGCUCCGUGAGCCGCCGCAGCUCCCGGGAGAAGCCUCGGUGCAGGACCAGGCCAAGGAGAGGGUCGGGCAGCUUGGGGGCCUUGCCCACUCCCUCCGAGGCCACGCCCCCGCCAAGGCCACGCCCCCCGUGCGCCGCCUGCCGCCUCCCUGCGCCUGCAGGCCCCGCCCACCCGCCCCACCAGCCCCCAGCGCCGAACCCGGAGCCCCCGGGACCCCGGAGCCGCCCGGCCGCGUGGGACCCCCCGGGUCCCGGGCCCCCCCGACCCCCCGUGCAGGUGAACAAAGGUGGGUGCCCCCCCGGGGCUCAGAGACCAACGGACCCCAGGACACCCCUCCCCCACAAAGCCGCCCCAGCCCCCCAAUGGGCUGCGACUCCCCCGGCCCCCCCAGCCCCCCGCCUUCGACUACCAGCAGCUGUUCCAGGAGCUUUGGGUGGAGAACGAGCGGAUUCGGGAGCAGCUGCAGGAGGCUGGAGCUGGCGCUGACCCAGACCCGGCUGGAGCUCGAGAGGGUCACCCAGCGCCAGGAGCGCAGCGCGGAGCGCCCGCGGCUGGAGCUGGAGAGAUUCGAGCGCCGGGCGCUGGAGCUGAAGGCGGCUGAACUGGAGGAGGAGCUGGGAAGGUGAACUCCCAAAAGGGCCGACAACCAGCGGCUCAAGGACGAGAACGCCCUGAUCCGGGUCAUCAGCAAACUGUCCAAGUGA